CCAGACAGCUCACCAUCACCUCAUGGUCAACUUGCUGUCUCUGAUGUUCACGAUAAAAACCUCGCGUGAAUAUACGAUAUCGAAAUAUUUCAUCAACCAUAUACCAAUGCAACAUGGCGUCUGUCUCAUCCUUGGAUAAAGACUUGCGCAAGUUGCGCCUCGACAGAUAUACCCCCGCCGCCGCCAACGAAGUCCGAUCAUGGAUCGAGGGAACAAUAGGCGAACGUCUCCCUGGCGGCGACCUGCUAGAAGGGCUCAAAGAUGGCCAGGCGCUGUGCAAACUCGUAAACUUAGCCAUAGGCCCCCCGGGUGUCAAAUUCAAGAAAUCCGCCAUGCCCUUUGUGCAAAUGGAGAACAUAUCGCACUUCUUACGAGCCUGCAAAUCCCCACCGCUAAACCUGCCUGAUCAUGACAUGUUCCUUACCGUCGACCUGUUCGAGCAGAAGGAUCCGGCGCAAGUACUCCAAUGCCUGGGUGCAUUCUCUCGGGCUGCCCAAAGGGUCAAUCCAUCAAAGUUCCCGUCACCGAUAGGGGCCAAACCGACAAAAGGGGUUUUGUCGCCGCAAAGCACGGGCUCCCCCAACAGAAGCCGAGCAUUAUCCAACACUUCGCAUACUUCAUCUACGUACGGCAGUCGACCCGGCUUGACAUCAACAAAAACUGGCGACUCGGGUUCCGGGCGAUGGAGCCCUACCAAGAGCCCGACAAGCGAUCGUGUAGCCUCCCCUGGCGUCAGUAGCUGGAGCAAGAGGGACCACGAAGGCGUUACCAGCCCAGCCUGGAACAUUGCUCAGUAUGGAUACAUGGGCGGUGCAUCGCAGGGCAAUCUGGGCAUAGCAUUCGGCGGCCGUCGUCAGAUCACUAGUGCUGGUCCGCACGUACCCAAUAUGGCAGAGAAGGAGCGACGCCGGAAGGAGCAAGAAGCCGAAGCUGAAAAACAGCGUGUACAGAUGCGAGAGGAGGAGCAGCGGCGCAAAGCUGAUCAAGACGCAGAGGAAGAGCGAGCCCGACUGGACCAAGAAAGACGCUGGGAAGAAGAGACGCGGAGGCAGCGAGACGACGAGAAGCGUAAAGCCGAAGAGGAAAAACGCCGGUGGGACGAGGAGGAGCGCCAGUGGAGAUUGACCGAAGAAAAGCGUCGCCAAGAAGAAGAGGAAGCAGAGGCUCGACUAAUAGAGGAACGAAAGAAGGCGCAAAACAAGGGUAACUCACAGCUUCAAGGACAAUUUCUGAGUCAGUAUCAGGCCGAGCGAAGCGCUGGAGCUCCAAAGUCUGACGGCGAUCGCAUCAGAGAACUGGAAGAACAGUUGGAACUUGCGCGUCAGCGCGAGGCAGAAUAUCAAGAAGACCGAGAACGACGUCGGGGUGGAGCCAAGAGCCGGAAUCGAUCACGGAGCAGACCAAGACUUCCCAACCGGCCGCCUAGCAGCCAGGAUAUACCAAGCAGACAAGACUCAUGGUCACGCGAUGAGCGCGAGGUUCUGCGCACGCAGUGGGAUCGCCACCAAGAAGACCAGGCCUCGGGGGUGCCAGCACCUGCACUCCCGUCUCGCCCCUUGCCGGACCCAAAGGCGACAAGCCCGCUGAAGCCACAGCGGACCGGCGACACCCUGCCACCUCCUGUGCCGCUGAGAACUCAACGCACCGGCGAGGGCCGCAUUAGCGAAGCUCCGCCCCCGACCCUACCUCUAAGAACUCAGCGCACAGGUGAAAGUAGGCCGCUCCCGGUACCAGAGAAGGCAAAGAGCCCACUUCAGGGUGGCUUCAGCAGCAGUCCCGCGGCUGCAAGAUCCCCUACCGGUUCGAAAUCGCCAUUCGCCCGACCACUACCCAACCCCUCGAGCGCAAGUAGAACAGACCGUUUCCUCGCAGCAAACCCGGCGCCGGUCUCUCCACCAGCCCAGUCAACGUAUUCCCGAGAACUCGGUGCAACGGCUGAGCGUGACGCCGAAGACCGUCGCAGAGUGCAAUCACAAGCCAAGACGAAAGCUGGUGGCUUCGCAGGCAAAUCGCUGCUGGAGCGCGAGAUGGAGAUGGAACGACAACGCCAGCAGGAGUGGGAGGACUCUCAGAGGGAGACUGCCAAGGCGGUUCGGUCCGGUGAAGGCGUUGAUGGCAUCGGAGGAGGUGUCGGUGGGCGGUGGGAUGUCGGUCAAUGGAGUGGGUAUACUGGCGGUGACAGCCAGAACAAAGGAUCCGCGGGCAUUGGUGCUGGGCGGAGGCAAAUCGUUGGACCUAGGCCUCUACCAAAUGUGCCACGGUAAUCAGGUACAGUGUGUGCUCCUAGAGCAAAUAUAGUAAGAAGUUCGAGAGUGGCUAAGAUUAACCUGGCCAAUAUCGAGAUACCCACACGUCACGCCGUGCUGCUCGGCGGGAUUUGAAAAUGCAACAACUAAUUUAAUUCACUGCAGCUUCCUAGCA